CGGAAGUGCGAUUCGGGAGGAAGUAGAAAACCAGUUCUCCUCUUUGUAAUCAGCGACGGACAGCGUAGUGUCUGAACAGAUUUAACCAGCGUUUCCGUUACCGACAGCAGCCCGUGCUUCAGAGCCCGUUGGAGCUCCGUGUUGUCCGGUGGGGCGGGUUUCAGUCCGGUCGGGUUUCCCCUCGAGCCGCGAGAUGGCCGUUUUAACCAGCAAAGCCCUGCACGAGCAGCUGUCCAUCAUCAUGAGCGCGCUGACCAAAGCGGCCGUGGCGGAGAUCUGCGAGGUGGUGGACGAAGGUUACGCCGUGCUGCAGAUGGAGAUCACCCGGAGCCACAAGGAGAACGAGGACCUGAAGAAGAAGCUGCACCUCAUCGAGUCCAUAGUGGUCCGGGGGGGCGGCGGGGGGGAGGCGGUGGCCGCGGCGGCACCGGGGGUCGCGGCUGCCGCGGAGUUCGCGCAGCAGGCGGAAACGCCGCAGCAGCAGAAGCGGGACGGUGACGGAGGAGCCGCCGCCGCUGAUGUCGACGGAGACGGAGGGGCUGACGUUACUGUGGUGGUGCGGGAGGAGCUUCCAGAUGUUGUGUUGAUCAAAGAUGAGGACUCAGACAGCGACGACAGCUUUGAGGAAGAUAACAAACCAGCUGCAGAUGGAGGGAAGGCCUCAGCCACGUCCACCCCCAUCAGCUGCAGCGUGAAGAGACACUGGCCGGGAAGUGAGGCGGGGGACAGGAAGUCGUCCUCUGAGCAGCUCACGCCGAAAGCGCCCAAAGUGACUGCAGGGACGCAGAAGAAGAGCAUGUCCGUCUACACCCUGGACUCCCCCCACAGCGAGCCGAGCCGCUCCGAUGAGAUGGACGCCGGCGAGUCCAUUUGUUCCUACUCCUCACAGAUGGACCCGGACGUCCAGCUGGUCCAGCAGGAGUGCUCGCUGGUCCCUCCGGGCGCUAACAGACAAACAGCCUACUUUGGUAACGGCGCUCUGAUGGAGUCUCAGUCUCCCACAAACAGAGCAGAACUCGAUCUCAGCCUGACGUGGACCAAACACUCGAAAAGUCACAUGACGUUUGCUCAGUUUCACCAAAACGAGAACACGGACUGCGAUGCUUUCGGGAUCAAACUGAUCAGCGUCUCGGGUUCGGCGUCCACUGACUCCCAGCUGUCUGAAAGCAGCAGCUCUGCGUUUGAGUACGACAACGUUGACGCGAUGAACUUCGCCCUCUACAGGGACCAAUCAGGUCACCCCCAGCUGAGCGGCGGCGCCCGAGGGAAGCGCUUCAUGUGCUCCAUCUGCAGUAAGACGUACGCCACGUCUCAGAACCUGGACGUUCACAUGCGGAUCCACACGGGCGAGAGGCCGUUCAGCUGCGACCAGUGCGGCAAGAAGUUCACCCAGUCGGCUCACCUGAAGUCGCACCUGAGCGUCCACUCCGGCGAGCGGCCGUACGCCUGCACGCUCUGCUCCAGGAGCUUCAUCGUCAAAUACAGCCUCAAGUUACACAUGAAGAAAUGUCAUCCCAACGUGCUGAGCGAGUGAACGUCUCACUCCCCAAUGUUCUGUAAAUGUCCUGUUUUAAAAAGAAUAAAACUCACAUAAAAU